AGACUUGAUUUUCAUAUAUUUUGUGCAUCAACGAUCAUUCUCAGCACAAAUAUUUUUUCAAAGAACAUAUUAAAGAAUCAACUGGUUACCAAAUUAAAAUGUUUGUUUCAAUUCUGUCACAAGUGAACAUGAAUUUCUUCUCAGUCCUGUAGGGGAAGAAAAAAACAACCACCAAAGCAUCAGUGAGUAAAGGAGAAACAAAAAGACAAGCAGCCUGCAGACACUUAAGUUGGUAAACCCAUCAGAAAUGAUACUGCCCACAUGUUCAGCAGCUUCAACAGAGCACAGUGCUACACAGAUCACUGAUCAACAUGAAAAUUGUCCAUUCAGUCAUUUCAGUGUUACUUUUAAGCCUUAUGUAUGUGUUUAUUUAUGCACAAAAUGAAAACAAAGACAGGGCUCAAAAUUCUCAAUUUCAGCUACCAUCAUUCAAUGUUGCGCAAAAGGGCCGUCAAGGACGAAGAAGUGCUCGGAUAAGGGACACCGAAGGCACGGCAGGUCUCAGUGAAGGGACCAGAAAUUCUGUGGUUCAAAAUGCAUCUACCCUUGUGUUGCCUUCUGGGUCAAGAGAUCUGGAUCCAAGUGGAACAAACCCCAGUACAUCUGAAGAUGGACAGCUGCUGGACAGAGCAAUUCAACUGUUACAGCGAAUCAGUGACCGUAUGACUGCACUGAAUGCACUAUAUGAGCAGCAGCUUAGAAGACUUGAAACUUUAGAGUACAGGCUCACAAAGAUGGAAGUGCAAACACAGGAGAGAAAUGAUGGAAUCAAGUCCGAACUAAGGGAAGUAUCGCAGCGGGUACGGCAGUUGGACUGGCAGAAUAGCAAGAUGGAGGCUGCACUGGAGGCUAUUAAGAUUGACACCACUGGGCUCAAACACGGGCAAGACCAGAUACGUGGCUAUCAGGCUGGGUCAGAAAGAAAGGUGUUAGAUCUAGCGGAAGAUGACCUGAAUAACAGAUUACAAAUGACGAUGACUGCUGUUUCCACCAUACGUGCUGCAAUAGGACACAUAAAAGACGAUUAUGAUAUCCUCAAACUGAACAUCACAAAACUAAGUAAUAUGACAAGCCAUAUGAUGGGGAUCAGUGGACAGUUCCUCACCAAGCAGUACUUUACGAACGCGAUGCUAGACUUGAAACAUGAGUCCAUCUCACCAGUAAAAGUUCUACCACAAGCACAGCUUGCCUCUGUCAACUGCCCCAGUGAUCAGGCUCUGCCACGGGACUGCUGGGAAGUGCAGCAGCAAGGCCACAACAUUUCAGGCAUUUACAGGAUCAAACCCGCUCUCUCUUCUGUACCUUUCUUUGUGUACUGCCAGUUGGAGACAAGAGGAGGAGGUUGGACUGUGGUACAAAAUCGUUAUGAAGGCACUGUGGAUUUCUACCGAGGCUGGCAUGAUUACAAACACGGGUUUGGUAAUAUUGGGGGAGAAUUCUGGCUUGGUCUUGAGAAGCUUCACACAUUAACAAAUUACAAGGUAACUGAAUUACUGAUAGAAUUGCAAGAUUUCAACUUGGAAAAAUCUUAUGCCCUCUACUCAGCCUUUGCCAUUGGUACAGAAGUGGAGGGAUAUUCAGUCUCUUUCUUAGGAAGUUAUGAAGGAGAUGCAGGAGAUUCACUGGUGUACCAUGCUGGCAUGAAAUUCUCAACUUAUGACAUGGAUCAUGAUAACUGGCAUGAUGGAAACUGUGCAGAAUCCCAUACUGGAGCAUGGUGGUACAAUGGAUGUGACACCAGCAACCUAAAUGGCCGGUACCUGAAUGGAGAGCUUCCAGAAAUGUUUGAGUACCAGGGAAUGUACUGGUAUGACUGGCAUGGUCCAGGUUACUCCCUCAUGAAAUCACGCAUCUCGGUACGUUCAAGCAAGCAUUCACACUCGCAUCUGAGAGUGCAAGAUGCCAAACGAACAACCAAUAAAACUAACAAGAUCCAAGGGAAGAGGAAGCAUCCUACUGUUCAAACAAUCUAUGGGAAUGCUACGAGACACAGAGAAUACGGACCACGGCUGAACAUCACUGAAAAAAGUCUUAAAGAAAACCUAGGAAAAGAAGACAGCCCUCCAAUAAAUGAAAACACAAACGGAGAGUUUCACCACUUUACAGAAUAUCCAGAAUCGUCUUCACAGUAUGGCAGUAACACUUAUGAUUACCAACCUUGAUGUUAUGACAUGAACAACACGAGUAUGCUCAGAUUUAACAGUUUCAUGUAAAAGAAUUAAUUCACAAGUCUUAAAGAAUCCAAAUAGUCAUUCCUUGCAUUGAAGUAUAUUUUAUUGCAAUAAUCAGUUCAUAUGAUUGAUGA